AUGUGGAAAUGUCAUAUUAUUGUGCUGAUCGGCAUAUUUUCUACUGCAAUGUCAAAGAGGGAAAUUAAAAGGGGACAUUUGGUAAAUAAUAAACAAGAAGAUUUAGAUUCCAAGAAAAUUAUACCAACCACCACUUCCCGCUCAAAUAAAGGCGACGCUGUUGUGGAAAAAUUUGUCGAAACCCUUAUGUCUAGUGAGAGGUAUCUAAAAAUGGUAGAGACAGUGGAACGGAAGCUGACCCACUUGGAUGCCACAUUCCACGAGAAGACCAACAGUAUUCUAAAGCAUUUGAUUGAGAUGCUGAGGUUGGUAAAGUCACCUCCCACCGUUGAGUUGGAGAAUGCUCUGUAUUCCGUCAAAAGUGAUUUGGAUAAGCUGAAACAUUAUCUAGCGGAGCGACUACAUAAACCACAUGUGCGAGUGAACAGGGAUAGAAAAGGAAGAAAGAAGAAUGAAUACCAGGAUCAAUCAUUGUGGAAAAAAGAAUACGAAGACGAAUUAACUGACGCGAUGCUUUCCACCAGAAGAAGAGAAAAUGUGACCCGAGUGGCACAGUCUACGGGGGCGAUGGAUAAUGAGAUGGUCCUAGAGAAGUUGAUGGAAACUUUGACGUCUAGUGAAAGAUAUUUAAAGAAAGUCGACAGCGUAGAUUUUAGACUAAAUCGUUUAGAUAUAGAAAUACACCAAAAAACUGAUAACAUAUUGAAACAACUAAUGGAGAUCAUGAAGUCUGUACGAGGCCAAGAUUAUGCUGACAAAUUAGAAACGGUGCUCGAGUCUCUAAAGACAGAUGUGAAUCAAAUCAAAUUGAUGAUAGAUAAAUUACAUAAAUUUGACAACGCUGUGGAUGGUCCCGAUUUCCAUUCUGAAUCUGUAUUGGACUCAAGACUGUCUAAUUUGGAAAACAACAUACAGAAUAUAGUGACUGGAGUGGAAUCUAUAGUGACCACCAUAUCGGAUGUCAAGAAUAGACAAUAUUCUAAGCCCUUUUCGAGAACAGAAGCUAGUGGAUCAAUUGACACGUUUAGUUUGAUAAACGAAUUCAGAAGGACUUUACAUGAACAGAAAACGAAGAAAUGCGAGUGCAAAAAUGGUCGUGUGGAUCGAUCUGAACGCUAUCCAACUGACUGCCACGAGAUACAGAUGCAAGGAUUCAACGUUUCUGGUAUUUAUAAAAUUAAACCUGAAGACAUGGAGCCAUUCUACGUGUUGUGUGAUCUUAUCACUGCUGGAGGUGGAUGGACAGUUUUUCAAAAUCGCUUCGAUGGUUCUCAAGAUUUCUACAAAGGUUGGUCAGACUACAAGCACGGGUUCGGAAACUUGGCUGGCGAGUUUUGGCUUGGUCUGGAGAAGCUAAGUUAUCUCACCAACCAAAAACUGUAUGAGCUAAGAGUGGAGAUGGAGACAGAACAUGGACAGGAAGCGUACGCUGGCUACUCCGUGUUCACUGUCGGACCCGAAUAUGAAAGCUAUAGGAUCAGUACGCUCGGAUCUUUCUAUGGAACCGCAGGAGAUUCACUCUCGUACCAUGCUGGUCAAAAGUUUUCUACGCUGGAUGCCGAUAAUGACGAAUGGAAAGAUGGAGCAUGUGCUUUGGAACACGGCGGAGCAUGGUGGUACAAGGAGUGCGAUAAAAGUAACCUCAACGGGAAAUAUUCGAUGUCUGCGGACGAACAUCGUGGUCAGUCAAUAUAUUGGAUAUCUUUCAAGGGUCCCAGCUCGCCUUGUACUAAAUCCAAAAUGAUGAUUAGACCGCUUCCUGCCAGCAAACCUAUUGACUUCCACGAAAAUAACAGGAAAAUUUUAGAAAGGUCGAAAUUGAGGCCGGUCCCAGAGAAAAUAAAGGGCGUUCAUACGAAAGACUUCAAGGCCACAUACGACCUUAACCACCGCUCACCCUACAGAUACGACGAGCCUCCAAGAGUCGACGCAUUAUUUCAUCACUAUGUAUAAAUUAUAACCACACAAGGACAAAAUAUUAUUUCUUGCUCCUCUUUUCGUUCCUCCUACAUCCUUCACUAGUUUUUUAUAUCAUGAAACAUACACAGUAUUGUAUGAUAUCAUGAAAUGAAGUAAGGCAACAAUUAAAACAAAACAUUAGUUCUGUUGUAAACAAAUAAACUUGUAUUAUAUUUAAAUAAAUGUUUCUUUAUUAUUCUUCUCUCAUUUACACAUAUCUACACAAACCUAUAUAUAUACAUUUCUACUAUAGGUUUGAUGGCAUUGUAUUUUGUUACCUUUACAACACUUGAUCUAAAUUCCUGUCUGGUAGCUUUUUCUUAAUUACUUGCUAAUCUACUACUAAAAAUGAGUAUCUUUUUAUUCAUUCCUUUAUAUUCCACAGACCAAAAUACACCACAGAUGGUGUAGUUUUUAAUUAUUUUUUUCUGAAAACGGUGCGUGACGUGUAUUACGUAGUUACUUGUAGCUAUUUUUAGGGAUUAUUAUUGUUACCAUUUAUUGCUAUAUGUCCACUUAGUGUAAAUAUAUUUGUUAUAGGUACAGCCGUUACGUUAUACUAUACAAAUUAAAUAAAAAACUAUUGUAUCAGUCUCGUUCGUUUUUAUUUAUCUCUAAUUUUUGUUGAACAGUUAUGAAUUAGCGUCUAAAUCAGUUGAGCAAACUGUGUUGGACAUAACAUUAAAAUUAUAUAAAACUGUGAAGUCGCAACCGCUGAUUGAGAUAUUUAAAGCACUGUGUAAUAUAGUACAUGAAACAAUGUAAUAAUUAGAUUAAUAUUAUUUUCUGCAACAUUUGUGAAGAGUGACAAAAUCAGAACAUUGUUUCGACAGCUAUGACUCCACAGUUCACAGAGUCACAUGGCAGUGUACUAGUACUAUGCAAAUAUUAAUGAUUAAUGAUACAUCACAUUAGCUCAAAUUACAAUACGAAACCUAAAAUUACAUAAUAUAAUAUUUAUUAACGGUAUGCUCAUAAGAGGCUCCCGGAAGGAGCAAUAAUUGGUUGAAGGAAAUAAAUUUUAUAGCGUAUACAAAUUAUUUUACGUAUACAAUUAAUAUCUAAACAAAACGUUCUUUUCUAGUAAUAGUCGACUCAUAUAAUUUUGUCACAACAUAUCAUUAACGUAAUUACAUACAAUAUUGUAGACCGACAUGUUUAAUCAGCGUCGGUACAUAAAACAUUAAUUGGUAAUUUGGAAAAAAAUUUAGUGCAAAAAUAUAGCCUUAAAUCCUACAAGCUAUUUAAACGGACUACAUGUAGGCAGGUGAUUAAAAAAGUACCCUAUCCUAAACUCCCAGACUUACAGCAUAUGAUAUCAUUACUGACCUGUUUUUGGUAUCUAACAAUUAACAAAUUUAAUAGGUACAAAAUCCAAUUGUCUAAUAUUUACAACGGUUGACAUGUAUAAAACGUUAUAAUUACUUAGAAAACUCGUCUAGAAAAGCUAACGAUUCCUUACUUUAGGCGAUUGUAUUUUUAUCAAUUACUUUCGUAGUUCAUGAGCCGAGAGAUAACAAAGUAUCUUAUAUAGAUAUAUACAGACCUAUGAUUAAUAAUAAUUAUAUAAACGAAAUGGCAAAAUGAAUAUUAGCACCAUGGAUUAUUUAUAGUCCAAUGCUAAGGUGAUGAACAUAAUAAUAUUGACAAUACGUCAAUCAUCACGCCAACACGCUUCAUAAGUAUUGAGCCUUAAUAAAUCCAGAUGACAUUAAGAUAUUCACAAGUAAUUAGUUAACAUUGCACACGGUAAUCAAUUUUUAAAGAAAUUACCACUUCCGAACCUUGACACAUUUUUUAACAAUUUAAAUGGUAAUAUUUACAGAUAUAAGGGAUUAUCAACAAAAUAAUAAUGCAACAAUAAAAUUACAGGAGUAAACAUAAAUAUUAUACCGUUUCGAAAUUUACAUUUUGUUGCCGUUAUUAUAUUUUAUAAAAAAAGAACUAUUAUUUCUCCUAACAAUUUCCUUGCUAUAUUGAUAUUAUUAUAAAAGAUUACACACAAUAGUAAAGUAUAUUAUUAUAUACGAAAAAUUCUCCGUUACAAAGAUUUAUGUUUAUUAAUCUAACAUAUUACGUAAUAUUACGAUACAAUAGAAUCACCAAACAAAAAGUUAAAUUACUCGAGGAGAUAAAUUGUUUUAGAUAUUUAUAAUAAACUAAACUUUAAAAAUAAUUUAUUAUCAAUAUGAGACAAAAACAAAACAGCCGCAAAAAGGCAGUUUUUGGUUGACCUAUUCUACCUAAUAAGAUCAUUGUCCACACUUAUGAAUUAUUGUUAUUAUUGCUUGCGCUUCGUACGACGGGGUUCAUCUUCACCAUUACAUUACAAUGCUAUCCUAUACAUGAUGAUGAAUCGACACAAACACAGAAGUCUAAAAUUGUCACUUUAUAUGUUUACCAAAACGAUUCUUUUUACUAGAUACUUGUCAAAAAACUACGAAAUAGAAUGACAUCUGUAACUCUACAGUUACCUACUCAGCGAAGGAGUUUAUCGACGUAAGCGCAAUUACAUUCUACUUGACAGCUUUUUAACUAAUAAUAAAUAUUCUAUUAGAUAAAAAAUACGCAAUGUCCGUACGUACAUUAAUAUAGAUUUAAUAACAAGUAUAUUACUAAAAAUAAAAUAACAUUAAAUUAGCUGUAAGGUAAGUAGGUAUUGUGAAUUAAAGUAGUAAUUUUAGACUGCUUAACUGUCGUGCCGAUUAGACCAUUUACGGUUACUUUAACAAAACUAAAAAUAAACAUACAUAUAUUUUAAGAGCCGUUUCAUUAUUCUCUAUCUGAGAUUAAGUUAAUAGUAUAUUACGAUAUAAGUGCGAUAUGAUGGUUAUAACACACGAGGUGGAAUUUCAGCCCGAGCCGUAGGCGGAGGCGUAAUAGAGCCGGGUGUGUUAAAUACGCACGUAUAUCGUACGAUGUUGUUCAACACAUUUGAUUUUA